AUUUGGUUUCGUGGAAUGACUCAUAAAAAAAAUCACGUGCGACCACGUUGAAACCCUUUAAACCAAUUUUUGAGGAUCGUCAUGGAAGGAGAAGACCCAUGUAGCAUUGUAGAUCCUUUGAUAUUACUGCGAAUUUUUGAAACCAAUACUCGAAUCAACGAUCGCUAGACGAUUCCAGGAUCGGUCUUUGAUUUUCCUGUGAGUUCCUGAAAACAAUAAUCGAAUCCUCGACCGACUUUGUUCAGUUUUCUGAACUCCGCCAACACGGCCGCUUCCACAAUCGGUCAAUUUCGAUUCUGGUUCGAUUCGGUUGAAAAAUUCCCGGUUCUCGGGGCUCAUAGGAAUGUUAGCUGGUGACAAAGUUCACAACAUGGAAGAGGCAUUCGCCGGGAUUGAUGGUCAACGGCUGAUCGCACUAACAAAACGGUUUAUCGUCCUUCACAGCAAACAUUUUAAAUAAUAAAAUUAAAUUCCGGCAAGAAUAAUAUUUUUUCUUUAAAAUCCUGAAGACCGCUCUGUGAAGCCGAAUCACAAUGUAACCAAAUUCUCCAAAAGGAGGUGUACCUAGGAAGCUUGAGUUGGGCUUUAUUGCCGAGAAAGUCUAAUUGUCGAAUUUUUGCAAAGAAGUUGGAUACAGUUCUUUCGAAUAUCUUAAAAAAACUCAAAAAUACUCAGAAAACAUAUUUAUAUUAUAUUUUUGGAAUAAGUCAUGCUUUAAAGCAUUGAGGAUAAAAUCCUGAUUGAGGUUCCAAUAUAUGUCCUUCGACCUCUAGGUCCGUGUCAAAGAUAUUAUUUCAAGUCUACAAUAAAAACUACAUAUAAUUUUAAAUAAAAAGUCGUAACGGUACAAAUACAAAAAUAUAACUUUACUAAUUCACAAAAUAGACAUAGAAAACAGAGUGAACCAAAAAAAGAAGAAACUAAAGCAGAGUAAACACUAAAGCUGCCAGCCAAACUUGCAAAUACGUGAAAACGAAAUUUCCAACUCACUGACACGUUCCUUAAGCCUCUGUUUCGCACCAAGUUUCACAACAGCGCUCGCCCACACGACUACAUCGACACACAUUUACGAAUAGAGAAGUCCACAACUCACGUGAUUUCGUUUCGUGCAAAAUUAAAAUUCUAUCCAAGCAGCCGCUCGCAAAGCUGGCAACCACUGGCACCUCACUCUAGCCAAUGCAACACAGCAAUGCUCGGUAGUAAAGUAGAGUGCAGAGCACUAAAAAUCGAUCAUUGCAGGCAGGUGGUAAAAGCAAGUUGUAGUUGGUGUGAAAAGUAAGCAAAACUACUUUUUGAUGAAGUUGCUAUCGUUGUGGAGGCGCGAAUGUGCGUGACGUACCUGGCUGUCGGGCCGCGGCAUAAACUAUUUUAAGUGUAUGUGCGCAUGCAGAGAAAGAGAAACUUGUUAAUGCCUUCUUCAAAGGCUUUGGCACAGUACAUAUGUAUGUGUUUUGGUUUUUUUUUGCUUCGAAACGAUGUUUGCAUUUGUCCAUGUGAUCAAUCGAACGGAGCUGUAGUGGACGUGCUUUCAAUCAAAGCGCUGUGCCAAUGAAACAUUUAUGUUUUUUUAAUUCUCGGUAGUCGGCUCUACGUUGAAGAUUUUGCUGGAAGUUUGCAAAACAGCCUCCUUCUUUAUUGAGAGUUGCCUACAAAGUGUUAAGCCGACUUGCUGCUGGGAGUUUUUAGGAGUUUUGGCUUAAUAAAGAAUCUAUUUAGUUUAUUAAAUCAUUCAUUUCAAGAAAUCUCGGAACUCAUAAUUUAAAAUACUGGCAUAAUUUAAGAUGAUGAAUAUCUCCUAAAAGUUUAUAUAUGUAGCUCUAAGGCUGUUGUAUACAUUCUAAAAUACCCACCUCACUGGCAAAGCCGGAAACUUGAGCGUCGUAACCAGUCUGCUGCCGAUAGAUAAUUCAACAUGCAACAUCCUAGUCCAAGACCAAAGAUAUCAUGAAGGAGCUAGACAAAUAAAAAAGUUUUCCAUACAAGAACUUGAUUUCGUUUGGUCAGUUUGUAUAGUGGCGAUUCUUAAAAAUGAGCAGCUUCUUGGGGAGAAAAUAUGCAAAAUUUAAAAUCGAUAUAUCAAAAACUGAGAUACCAGUUCACUUAGAUACAGACAGACGGACAUACAGACAAAUAUGACCAAAUUGAAUCAGCUCAUCAAUCUGAUUAUUUAUACAUAUGUAUAUAUCUACUUUAGAGUUAAGAAGAAAUAAAGCUAUAUAUUGCAGCAUUUUAGCCUGAAACAUUUACUAAUAAUAUAUAAUAUAAAUAUAAUAUAAAUAUAAAUAUCGGUUAUAUUCUCAAAUCUUACUCCCAAAAAGGAAAAUUAUGAAUUCUCUAAAUUAAUUUUAAAUUACAAAAACAAUGUACUCCGCCUGACUUGAUAUCGUAAAAACUUAACAACGGAGACAAAAUGAUAUUCAGAAGGAGUUUUUCAAUUAUUUCUAGAAUUCGAAAAGUGUCACAAAACACAAAGCGACAAUAAAAGCAUGGCAAACGCACGCCAAUACAAAAGCCAACAAAAACCUUUUAAAUGAAAUUGUUGCUUUAAUAAUGCGGAAAAAUCGUUAAAUUUCAUAAUCGGUCAUAAAAUUGUUUGAAGCACUGUUGCUCAUUUGAUACAGUUAUUAACUGCUAUAAAAUAAACAAAUGCAAAAUGCUCGUAAACUAAGUUAGAACAGACGCUUAGCACAGACUUUAAUGGCACUGGCAUUUAUUAAAAUUCCAACAAAAAAACAUAAAACUGGCAAAAUUAUAAAUAAGUGUAUUGUUGCUACCUUCAACCACUGGCAACAUUUGUGGUAGAUAUUAAAUUUAAAUCGCUAAGUGCGCUAGCAUUAAAAUAUAUUAUUUAGAAAGCUUAUUGAAUUUCGGAAAAAACAGUAUAUAUUUAUUUAAGAUGGAUCUUACUUGAUUACAACAACUAAAUUUUUAAUGAACCAGCAAUUAGUUCUACAUUUCCUGUAGUACUUUUUGUUUUCACCUAUUAAUUUAUCAAUGUGGUCAGUUCCUCAGUUCCUCAUUUACUCACUUUUACUUUUUGCAAAAUAUAUUCUCUCUAUUCGAUUCUAUUUGUGUACAAGCUUAUGUUGAAAACCGACGCAAACCGUAGACUGGAUCAGCUGGAAUGACCUAUCUUAUGAGAGCGCAAUGUCCGCUUCUACAGACCGUACGGUAGCCGUUCUCUCGAGAGUCAAGUGAAGUGUUCAUUUGCGACUGCAUAUGUAUGUAGAUUCUUUAGACACCCAGCUGGAAAAUGCAUAUAGAUAAUUCUUUCAAAAAUGCAAAAAAAUGUAUGAAUGAUUACAUAGUGGAUUCUAUACGAAAUUAUUUCUCUUUCAAAAAUUUCGGGAAGCAGUAAACUUUAAUGUGAAGCAUGUAACGAGUUUUUGACUGAACAAUAUUCUUUUAAAAGAAGUAUUAUCUCAGCUGAUUAUUUUUACAUAUGUAAGUGUUGAGGGAGUUUGGUUGAUCAUGAGACUGAGUUUUUAAAUUAUACAUUUUUUAAAUUAUAAGAAUAUUUAUAUUAAUUAUAAUAUACAGACAGACGGACAUACUGACAAAUAUGGCUUAAUUGAAUCAGCCAAUAAAAAAUAAUGCUCUAGCGAAUACAUUGAUAUAUUAUUUUGUAUACAGUGCUAUUUUACUUUUUCCAACAAGGCACUUUGUAACUGAUAAGCAAAAUCACGUUUGAGCAAAUAAAUAAAAAUAAUUGAAUUUGUAUUAUAAACAGAAUCAUACAUUGUAAUCCAUUAUUAAGUAUGCACAUAUAGGUAUAUUGGAAUGUUAUAUGUAUCAGCUGGUAUUGCAGUAUUUUAAUAUUGAAGAGUUAUCAGUAUGUAUAUGUAAGUAAGUAUAUAUGGGUAUUUGUAAAAAAAACUACCAGAUUUUAACUAAAAAAACCGAUUUUUAUAAAUUGUUGAUGUACAUGUUAUAACUUGUUCUCUAAAUCACCAUAAAUUUGUAUUAAUAUUUGAAUUACUAUACUUGCAUUUUUCUGAAGAACGCCAAUUAAACCACUUUACCAAUUAAAUUAUAUGCUUUAGAACCGCUCCCUAAACUUUCUAAGUUCCCACAGGGCAUUAACUUAAGUAUACAUAUAUACGUAUGUUAAUAGGAAAACAGAACAAUAUAUGUGUAAAUACAUAUGUAUGGAUGUAUAUGCAAACGAUACAAACGCUGAAUGCUUUCGUCACUGCAAGAAAAGAGCUCAUAACUGCAGUCGAUCAGUGCAACUUGUCAUCCUUGGCAACUUAGCGCGCCGAAAGCGAACAACAGGGAUAAUCUUUGGCGAACAAUGUCUACCAUUUUAAUAUUCACCAUAAUUAUUGGAAAUAUUUGUGAACCUCAAAUUUGUUUUGAGGCACAAAAAUAUUCGUACAUAAGCAAUAGCUUCAACGAGAUAAUUCUAGAAAGCUGUCAAACAUAUGUGGAUAAAGAAAUAUUUACAGCCAACAGCCACUGCUAUGGCAUAUCAUCUACGCUGGAUGAUUCUGAACUUUCUCAAAAACCGAUUAGCAAUGUGAGCAGUGUCAAAGAAACAUAUGAAUCUGAAAGUAAAGAAAUGACUGAAGAGAAAGAGAAACAAAAUGAAGGCGGUGUUAUUCUGCUUUGGAUAUUAUUUGUUAUUGUUAUCGGUGCUUCUUUUGAUAAUCAGGUACGCAGAAGGAAACCAAACCAAAGACAAGGAUAUUAUAAAAGAACUUCUUAUGUCUAUGUACAAUAAAUACAGAUAUGUAUAUCUUAAUAAAUAUUCAAAAUUGUAUUGGCACAUAAAUAUGCUGAUAAAGCAUUUAAGAACUCAUCUGACGAUUUUAAGCGAAAGUUAUUUCAGCCAAAUGAUACUAUGUAUUCUUAUUGUGAUGACGCGAGAAUUAAAUGCAUAAAUAAGUCA